AAACACAAACAAAGAAUCAAGGCGAGGCGCUUUCAAACAUCGCUCGCACAGUAACUGCUCGCACCACAAUUUCACGGUUAGUUUAUUUGAAUCGAACGAACAAACAGUUGUUCAUAUUUCGUUUGGCUUGUGUUAUAUUUUGCACCGUUGAUCCUUCUGCUUCCCAGCUCUACCAACGCGAUGACCGAAGCGCAGAUCUGUGAUAUUAGCCCCGAGGCAAAGGAGGAGAUCUGCAAGUUUCGUUUUCGACGUAACGCAACCAAUACGGCUUUGAUUUUAAAAAUCGAUCGCGAAAAGCAACUGGUUACGGUGGACGAGCUGCUGGACGAUGUAGCGAUCGAGGAUCUGCAAGAACAGCUUCCGAGCCAUCAGCCACGCUACAUCAUCUACAGCUACAAGAUGGUACACGAUGACUCACGGAUAUCGUACCCGAUGUGUUUCAUUUUUUACACGCCGCGCGACAGUCAGAUGGAACUUUGUAUGCUGUACGCUAAAACGCGUAUGGCACUGCAGCGUGAGGCAGAUUUAACGCGCUACUACGAAAUUCGCGAGCUGGACGAUAUGACCGAAGACUGGUUAAGAGAAAAGCUUCGAUAA